UCUCUGCUCCUGAGAAGCGUCAUUACUGAGAUUUGGUACCGGUCACCCUCUCCGACCGGCCCCUGGCUGCUGCCGCCAGCUACUAAACCCUGAUCAUCAUUGUCUCCACCUCGCCAUUAUUGGCCACUGUCUGGAGCCGUUAGCCUUUCCUCGUUCUUUUAAUGGAGGAAUUAGCAGGGAAGGAGGACAGAGGGACAUAGUAAUGGCGUCGCUCCAUUUUCCUUUUUCUCUUGCCUCCUUUUAAGCUCUGCUUUUCUGCGUAUUAUUUUUCCUGACCUUAUCUUCCUGCAGGUUUCAUUUGCUUUCCAUCGCUUCUUUGGCCUUGUGGGUCACCAAUCCUAACCCUCCGGUUCAUUCUCAAAUAGCAGCUCUUAUGUCCUAAGCCUCCAAGCCAUUUUUAACUUAUUUGCCUAUGUAGUAGCAGUACCAGCAUUAGUACAUCCCCUGCUCAUUAUUCCUUGUGUGCUCCAUUGUUCUUCUGUUCAGUAACUCGCCUUGCAUUUCAUUCCAUUUUCUUUCCAUCCCCUUUGCAUGGGCAAGCCAAUGAGCUCUAUUUAGCUAAGCGAAUUUACCUUUGGGAGACAGAAAAGAUUUCUCAUCAUCUACCACAAGCAGCGUCAUGUCACCCUUCUUCUAUUCUCCUCAUUGGCCGUUUGUGCAGCCCAGCAAGAGCUCAUGAUAUGCGAGUUCAGUAAGUUCAUUAGUGUUCUUGGUGAUUGAAGAACAGCCCAGGAGCCAUGGAGAGCCCAGGACAACAAGUGCUCAAGGAAAGAGACUUCUACUGUGAAGAAACACCAAAGGAGGGUCAUUCAUCUUCUUAUCUGCAGCACCGACACUCAAGUGCUAUAAGCACGUAUGAAAAUGUACCUGACAUAUCACCGCGACUCUCCCAUCACGUACCUACAACCAAUCGCAGUAAGAUGCUUCGUAGAAGAUAUUCAUUUAACCUCCCAGAACACUUGCAUGAGCAUCACAUCAUCACAACUGCAGAGAGAACUGAAAAAACAAUUUCAAAGUCUGUUGCAGACUUGGUUUGGGAGAUAGCAGUCCUUGAGGAGGAAGUUGUUCGCAAGGAACUGCACUUGCUUUCCUUAUACAGAGCAGCAUUUGAUCCAUACCUCGGUGUCUCUCCUCAUGUUUCUUCUCAGGUGGACCAAGAAUCACACCGUCAAUGCAGCAGAAAGAACGCUGACGAAGGCACCCUUCGCCUGAGAGACAUCAAGGAGUCUGCAUCCUACAACUUUCCAACAAUCUCAGAUUCUAAACGCGAGCUGUCAAGAUCAUCUUCAGGGCGGUCAAGCCUUGCAAACUUCUUGAGUGCAUCCAUCACUGAAUAUGUGCCCAAGAUCUCUUGCAAACUUUCAGAGGACAUAGUGAGAUGCAUUUCUUCUGUCUACUGCAAACUUGCCAACGGACCAUCACAAGAUGCUGAUUUUGAGACAUCGUCUACUCCUUCUUUCUCAUCUUCAUCGAGUUCUUUUUCUCUGAAGUGCACUGUCGAUAGUUGGAGCCCUCGAUGCCAUUACAAUGCCAACGCUAGCUCUGACAAAUAUGAUUCAAUAGAUGGGAAUGUUGGACCAUACACUGGGACGGUAAUUUUCCCAAGGAUACACAUAGAUAAAGACAAAUUUGAGUAUGCCUCUAAAAUGCUGGAUACUAUCAGAGCACUGAUAAAACGGCUGGAGAAGAUUGAUCCUACAAAGAUGGCACAAGAAGAGCAGAUCUGUUUUUGGAUUAACAUCCACAAUGCUUUGGUUAUGCAUGCUUUCAUGGCUUAUGGACUACAGGAAAAACGCAUGAAAAACACAGACAUGAUUUUGAAGGCUGCAUAUAAUGUGGGUGGGCAUUCAGUCAACUCCCAAAUUAUUCAGAACUCAAUUCUAGGAUGCCAAUCUCACCGUCCUUCACUUUGGGUUCGUACGCUAUUUACACCAAUGAAAAUAUCAGGGAGCUCCAUACAUCCAUACGCGCUUCAUCAUCCAGAGCCACUUGCUCACUUUGCUCUUUCAACCGGAGCAUUUUCAGAUCCACCUGUGAGGCUGUACACAGCCAAGAAAAUAUAUCAUCAACUGGAGCAAGCCAGGACCGAGUUCACUCAAGCAAAUGUUAUGGUCAGAAAGCAGAUCAUAUUUCUACCUAAAGUUCUCCACUUCUAUGCAAAGGAUGCUGCCCUAGAGUUGCCUGACCUGAUUGAGAUGGUAUGUGAGAGCAUGCCUGAACUGCAAAGAAAAGAGAUCAGACAAUAUCUUAGGAGGAAGGUUGACAAGUGUGUUGAGUGGUUGCCCUAUAGAUCUUCUUUCAGAUACACUGUACAUAGGAGUUUGGCUGAGUAGGCACUCUUGUCCUCGAUAUAUGUGCUUGUAAGUAAUGAACUAAGAUUCUAAGAACAAUUGAUUGGUGUGUAAAUAGGUGAUUGUGAUAGUUUCUCUAAGAGAAGAAAGUUAUAACUUACUUGAAAUCUUCUUUGUGUAGUACCACACUACCACAAAUUUGUGGAUUUCAGUUGAGUAUGUAACAACAGAGAAGGAAAACCCACAUGCUUUGCAUUUGCUUGCUCUCAAAUAUAAUUAUUGAGAUUAUAAACUCAA